AUGGAAUACAUCACAGAGCUCAGUGAAGAGAAAACCGAAGAUAACCCUUUUACGGUCUUUGGUUCAACGGUCAUAAAUAAUCAACAAAACCAAAUACCUCAAGAGUUCGUAUGGCCGGAUGAUAAGAAACCCUCUGCAAACGUUCCAAUCCUCCAAGUCCCUCUAAUCGACCUCGCCUGUGUCCUCUCCAGCGACCCAUUCCUAGUCUCGGAGGCUACAAGACUCGUGGCAGAAGGGGCAAAGCAACAUGGUUUCUUCCUGGUCAUCAACCAUGGAGUCGAUGAGGGACUCAUGUCUCGUGCCUGUACAUUAAUGGACACAUUCUUUAAGUCACCGACUUGUGAGAAACAGAAGGCUCAGAGGAACCAUGACGACAGCUGGGGUUACACUAGUAGCUUUGUAGGAAAAUUCAAGAAGAAUCUCCCGUGGAAGGAAAUGCUGUCGUUUAGGUUCACCCCAGAGGAGAAGAGCGAGAACCACUCCCAAAUCGUCAAGGAUUUCAUUAUCAAGAAAAUGGGAGAUGGAUACAAAGAUUUUGGGAAUGUUUAUCAAGAAUACGCGGAGGCCAUGAGCAACCUCUCACUGAGGAUCAUGGAGCUUCUUGGAAUGAGUCUUGGAAUCAAUAGGAGCCAUUUCGUAGAGUUUUUCGAAGACAACGAUUCCAUAUUGAGAUUGAAUUACUACCCCAAGUGCAAGCAACCGAAUGAUGUAUUAGGGUCAGGACCACACUGCGACCCAACCUCUCUAACCAUACUUCAACAAGACCAUAGUGGUCUUCAAGUUUUCGUGGACAACCAGUGGCAAGCAAUCCCUUAUAACCCUCAAGCGUUGGUAAUUAACAUUGGUGACACUUUCAGGGCUCUAACUAACGGAAGAUACAAGAGUUGCUUGCAUAGAGCGGUAGUGAAUAACGAAAACGAAAGAAAGACACUUGUAUUCUUCCUAUCUCCGAAAAUGGACAAAGUGGUGAAGCCACCAGAGGAAUUAGACGGUGAAAGAGCGUAUCCUGAUUUUACAUGGUCUCUGCUUCAUGAGUUCGUAAUGAAACAUUAUAGAACAGACGAGAACACCCUUGAAGAGUUUACAAAAUGGCUCAAGGACAGAUGA